CAAAUAAGUGACCUUUCAAAUAAAUUAUUAUAAAAAAUAUCAAAUUGUCUGUUAAAAAUAAUUUUUUUUUUUAGUCAACUUAUUUUUAGUUUGAUAUUUUAUUUUUUUCAAUAGGUAAUUUAUUAUUCGUUUUUAAAUGGAGUGAAAUAUCAUAUUUUUAAAAUGUAUUAUAUUUAUACUGAAUAUAAUACCUUUUGUUCCUUAAUGUUAAUUAUUGUAUUUCCUUAAUACAUAUACAUAUUUCAAUAUUUGUGUAUAUUAUUUACUUGUUUUAGAUUCUGAACGGAGUGAUGAAUGUAUUGAUUUUACAAUGAUGUAUGUUUUUUUUGUGCCUGUGUACAGCAUAACUAGUCAAAAUAAUGCUUCAAUUUCAAACUUCGGGGGUGGUUUCCGAUGGAAAAGUGCAUAGAGUACCGAUGUCGAACAAUCAAAACCAACAAGACGACUCCUCGAUCGUUGAAAACCAAAAACUGUCGACACAGAUCGGAGGAGCGUCAAUACUGUUGGAACUGCAAUAGUCGAAUAAGUCCUCGAUGCGGCCGACGGCUGAGCAGGCACUUGGCCCGCUCUGUUUCGGUGCCUCCAACGAGGAACGUCCAUAAAUCAGUGCCAUAUAUUAUUAGAUCUAAGUCAAUGCCAUAUCGCGAAAAGAACACCGAAAAAAUGCCUACGAACUUCGAAAAUUCUUCGAUCAAGACCUGUUUCUCUUUAUCGUCGCUUCACCCCUCUACGGCCCAUGUAGAGGAUGGACAGCAAGCGACGCAGAGACCGUAUAACAGCCUAACCAAAAAAAUCAAGAAAAAUGAAAACACAAAUCAGGAUUGUUGGAGAGGUGAUAGUAGUUACGAGUUCUUGUCCAGUCUUAGGACAAGUUAUCAGUAUCUGAUGGACAACAACUUGAUCGAAAGCUGCAAAGAAGUUGGAUGUGACCUUAACAGUGCUUCACCAAUUCAGGAUUGGAAUGUUGAACGAUUAAAUAUCUACAUUAAAGAGUUGGAAAAAAGUUUUUGUUCAGGCUCUUCAUCAAAACCCAAUAGUUGCAAUUUGACAGACAAUUUAUUAUCACCUAAAAGACUGAGUAUGAACGAAGAAGUUUGUAGACUGAAUAUAUUGCGUCAUAUAGCGCAAUUCUCCAAAAGACUGCCACACUAUCGAGAACCAUCAUUGAAUCAAAGUUGCUCAUCCAUAUAUAAUGCACAUUACUUAGAAGUGAAAUCAAAUUUGAGAUCUCUGGAUCAAUGGAUGGCCCAAAUGGAAUUGCGAUUGAAACCCAAUUAUUUUCGUAUCAAUUGGAACCGCCGUGAAAUUAAGCAAAAAGCAGAAGAGCACAAGUGUAUCCACAGUGACAUUGAAACAAAAGGCAAGUGCAUCCGGUUGGUGUUGAAAUACUGCAAGUGGCUAGCUGACGAACAUCAUCAACCCACUACUCAGGUACAUCUAGAGUUGGUGCAAACGGUGCCACUGCUAACCAAAAAAUCGAAGAAUUUUGAACAUCGCUGGCAGCUGUUGUACAUAAGAUCGUUAGAGUGGAUUUGCUUCAUCGAAAGUCUGGACGUGAAAAAAUGUCGAAAGGACAGUAAUAGUUCUUCUGAUUGCGAUGAAGAACCGGUUCACAAAUGUCCACGGUUAGUCGAUCAUAAGUUGUCAAAUUCUUCAGACGAUAAACAAGGUAAUAUUGAAAUGGAAACAGAGACUUCACCAUCACCAGUCCUUCAAUCUGAACGAAUGUCAUUCGACGAUACGGCCAAUUUUCACAGGUCGGAUAGAAAGGGCCCAAACUUGGCAACUUUCUACUACAGACAUUUAGAUACGGAUUCGGAACAAGAAUCCCAAAAAAAAGCUAUUGUGGAAACUGAAGUUAAAACGUCGGAAUCGUCGGAAGAAGAAGAAUGGACAUACAGUUCUAAUACAACAAAAGAAAUUAAGAAACCAGAAGUUCCCGUGUCAUUUGCAGAACGAGCGAACAUAGAACAAAUUAAAGCUUUGGUUGAAAACGUUAAUUGGUCGGUUACCAAGGACAAACACUCUGAAAAACUUUGGAUGUCUGGUAGUGGCAUAAAAAGGAGAAUUUUCCGACAAGAAACUGCUGAUCCUGAAAAUGAAGAAUUUAUCGGUGAUAGUUGUGAUGCCAGUGGUGAAUACACUACAGAAGACGACGAUCAGCAUUUCAUCUUAGAUAAUCAUUCUCAUUCUUCGCGGUCAUGUGAUAUAACCGUAGUGCAAACUCAGGAACUAGAUUUUUGUUCAAAUCCAGGAAAUAUAAAUGAAUGCAGUUCCCCAAAAGUUGUGUUGAGAUCAAAAACAAAUGUUGGAAAUACGUUAAGACCGGUCAGCAUGUCUGGUCUUCCUCAAAGUAGUCCCAAGGCUAGACUUCUGACUGAGUCCUGUCAGUUGUCUGUUUCCGAAUCGGCUCUCAACCAUAUUUCUCAUGAACAAGUGUCUGUAAACGGCAGGGACUCGUCUACCAUCGAAGAAUCUACUGCGACUCAAACGCAAGACUGUUGUGGAUCUUACAACACUAAUUCACUGAGACGACGUAAACUAAAACACAGAAGAAAGAGUACCAUGGAAAGAAAAAGUAAAAGUGGAUCAGCUGACAGUCUGUCGUCUGUAGUUAAUUCUGUUGCCUACAAUGAAAUGAUUAAUUCUGGUUCAUUUUCUGGCUCUUUGUGUGGCAUUACUCAAAUUGAUUCACAACGAGUGGAUUCAGAAACCGAAGAAGAGGUUACAAAAGAGUCGAAACGUCCUGCCGUGCGCAAGCGUCCUAUGAAAAUGCCAGUGUUCCGUCUUGGCGAAUUCGGUGCUGUCACUCCAAGAGAAAAACGUUUUCCGUUGACUGCUCAACUUCCGUCAGGUACGACCACAGAUUUUAGUUCAUUUUCUGAACAGGCAUGGGACAGCUAUCAAGAAAAGUAUUUGAGUGAGCCGUAUAGUGAGGACCCCCCAGAUCCAGAAUCCGUCAGACGAUUAUUGGACUUUGGUGAUGAUUACAGAAAAUGCUUUGAUAGUCAAUCUGACUGCGCUUCCAGCAUUGGUAGACCAAGUUUUCUCGAUGAUGAAACUUUUGAACAAGAUUCGUCAGAUUCUGUUCGUAACCUCAUCGUUAAAAGUCGAUUACAAUUGAACUACUUGGACCAGGUACUUUCUAAACUCGUCGCGUAUCCGAAUUCAAACAUUACGAUUAAAGAAAUUGGUCAGUUAAAACAACGAUGCAGAGAAAAUGAAUAUUGUCUCCGUUUUUGUUUAGAAGGAAUCAAAGAUAGUCAAACGUUUGUUUCAGCCAGUGACAUAGCCGAAAUCGAAAGUAUGGUCAAAAAAUGUGAACGUUUGGAACUAGAUAUUUCAAAACAGGAGAAAAUCCAAUUGCUAAAGGUCGACAUAGCUGCGAUAAAAAGUCGUUUGAUGUCGUUUUUGCGAAAUGAUCGAUUGGAUGGUAACGUACAAAACAAAAACGAACUCCAAGCCCUAAUCCACACUGCUAAGACUGAAUUAUCAAGUUUGGAUACUUAUUGGAAUAGUCGCAACAUAGUGAACAUCACCGAGGAAUUAAACAGACACUUCAAUGAGUUGAACGAUUCUAAUAAUGUUUUGAAUCAUAUGAGCAAAGAAGUCGCAGAUCUAUAUUCUAUUUAUGCUAACACUCGACAGAAAUUAGAAACUGAGAUAUUAAGAUAUCAGAAUGCAUUGAUCACAUGGGCUGAGUGUGACAAACAGCUAAUGGAGCUUGAGAUGAAAUUCAAAGGUUUUGGUGGUGAUGGUGUUGUUGGUGGAAACCAAAAAUCUGGAUGUUUUGGAUCCGCUUCUGAUAGUGGCAUGUCAGAUUCAGGUUCAGAACAUGAGCUUAAUGAACAUGAAAAACGAUUAGUUAACCUAAAACAACUAGCUAACAAUUUGAUGACUAUUAUGACUCCAGGCAGUGAAGCACUAUCAUCAAUAUUAGCUAGAAUAGAGAAUAAUGAAAAACAGCUGAAAGAACUACAGCAAACCUGUAAAGACCUUAUUGGAAGAUCAGAAUUUUGCAGUGAUGAUGACAAAUUGGAUGGCUGUGAAAGUCUUAUUAACACCGAUAUUGUCGACGCGGACGUAGCGGCGGAGGAAACUAUUACGGAAACACCUCUCAACAAGAAGAUCAAGGACAACACUGCGUUACUCUGGCGUACGCUCCGGAUCGCCGUACCGUUCUACCUGGCAGUUAUGAUCCUGUGCUCGAUCGGCUGGCUGGAACCGCAGUGUUGUGACCUACAGAACAAUUACAAGUGGUCGUUUGCGUUAGGUCUCCGGUACAUGAACGGACCGCCGCCAACGUGAUUCUCGGGACACCGGAAUUCGACGUUACUCCUUCCGAAUUGUUUUUGUUUAUUAUUUCCGUAUUUGUACAUAAUUACCUAUACAUACUAUUAUUAUUUGUUAUUUCAUUAUCGCCGUCAAUGACGGGGACGACGGUUCGAUAAUUGAUCAUUCGAGAGGAUUAGUAUAGCGCGCAUGCUAUACGAUAUUUUCACUCUCAUCCGACCUAAUAUAUCAUGUCCUCAUCAAAAUCAACAACAUUCCUAACAAUUAUAAUUUACCUUAACUAUAUAUAUAUAUAUUAAAGAAAUGAAAAUGUUUUUCUUUUUUCUUUUUUAAUUAUUAUUUGUAUGUAUAUUUUGAAUGAUAUAUUACUAUUUUUAUUGGAUAUCGUUUUAAACGAAUAUUUGCAAUUGUUGCGAAUCUUAUAAACACUUAUUUAUCAUCAUCAUAACAUACUUAUAUAUAGGUUAUUUAUCGAAUGAGAUAAAAUCUAUUCGAUAGUUUCGAUUAGUUUUUUAUAGUUUAUUUUGGUUUUUUUUAUCCAGACCAUUACUUUGGUGCGGCGAUCGAUUGAUUUUAUUUAUACAUUAAUGUUUUUUUUUUAAACAUGAGAAUUUCUUGUAAAACAAAUUUAUUUAUAUUUAUUUAUAUUAUACUUUAAAUUUCGAUCUUACGCACUCGGUAGUACUUAUUAUCAAGUCAAAAUUUUUUUUAGUUGUGUGUGGGACACUCAGGUUUUCAAUCCAUCUCGUCGUCACUAUAUAAGUAUAUAUUAUAUGAGGAUAUAGUUUUCCGAAUGUUAUUUUUUUAAUUACCAUUUAUUAUAGUUAUCCAUUGUUUUUUUUUUUUUUUUUUUUGAUAUCCGCAUGUUACCAAUUUAAUUUUAACAUUAUCUACAGAAGAGUACAAACGUUAAAAACCUAAUUAUAAUAUUCUUGUCGAGAUGAGAACGUUUCUUUUCACCCGAUUUGAUUUGUAUAAAUAGUUAUAUAAUAUUAUAUGUCUUCCACAACGCGGAUCGAUGCAUAAUUGUUUCUGUCGAAAUACAUUCUAUAAGAUGUAACACAAUAAUUCGAUGACAAUCUAAUUCAGUGAUCAUAUUUUUUAUUUUAGACGUAAGUUUACAAUUGUAAGUUUACGAUUGAAGAAUCAAGAAAUCGAUAAUAUAAUAUAAUAUUAUUGUAAAUAUUUAUUGGGAAUGAACAAGAAUAUUAUUUUGUAGUAUAUAUAUAUAUAAUAUAAUACGCGUGUGUAGUUAAUAUAUUAUAUUAUAUAAUAUAAUUAUAAAAUCGGGUAAAUAUUGCUAUAAUAUUUUAUGUGCUCUAGAGUAAAACCAUAUUUUUGUCAACGUUUUGAUGUGUAUGUAUUAUGAUUAUUAUUAUUCACUCUUUCUACUCCCACAAUAUAUCAUAAAUAUAUAUACAUAUUAUUAUUUAUCGAUGGCGAUAAUUUUAUCUCAAUUUUUUAUGAUUUUUCUAGUCUCAUUAUUUUAAUUUUUUGUUUUGUUAUAUUAUAUUAUAAAUCUCGUUACAACAAAGUUCGCUCAUACGAGUGAGCAUCAAUCACGUAUUCAGCAUAUGAUUAAAUACGAUAUAAUAUAUCAGAAUUAAAUAUAUAAUAUUUAAUCGAUGUAGUACAACAUUAAACAGCUGGUAUAACGUUUAGCCGAGUUAUUAUAAUACAAUUUUUAAAUAUAUCGAAAUUGCAAAUGUGUAUUAUAUAAUAUACUUGUGGGUGCAGAUAGCAUUUAUGAAUAAAUAUCAUAUAUUUAUGAAUAGAUAUAUUUUAAUGUCUAAACCUAAGUUUUUUUCUAUGUGUAAUAAGGUAUACUAAAUUUUUUUUUAAGUCGCGCCCUGCAGCGACGGUAACAUAAAAUAAUAUUAUUUGUAACUGAAUUUAUUAUUAUUAAUUGUAUUUUUUAAUAAUAUUAUAAUGAUAAUAAUAAUAAUAUUUUGACUAAUUUAUUAUUAUAAUUUCGUAACGCGUAAAUCAAGCGUACAUUAAUAUAAGUAUAGGUAGUCGGUUGUCCGUAUAAUACUUGUACUUAAAUAUAAAUUAAUGAAUAAUAAUAUAAAAAUCGUUUUGCAUAAUAUGAACAUUGCAACGAUAUUUGCGUUUAAGUAAAGGGAUUUUUUUUUACUUAAAAUGUAAUUCAUCUUUUAUUGAUAAAAUAAAGCAAUUGUUUUACACAAACA